CAUGCGUCACUGUCAUUAGGAAAUGGCGGUCAAUUGUUGGCGUUAGUGUUUUAUGUUUAUGUGUGAUGUUUUGUUAACAUUUUGUUAUACGUUUCAAAAUGCAUAUAAAACAGGUGAUUAUUCAAGGAUUUAAAAGUUAUCGAGAACAAAUUGUUGUUGAACCAUUUGACAAAAGACACAAUGUAGUCGUUGGUCGAAAUGGAUCUGGCAAAAGUAACUUCUUCCAUGCUAUACAGUUUGUGCUCAGUGAUGAGUUUUCCCAUCUUCGUCCAGAGCAGCGACUUGCUUUGUUACAUGAAGGCACAGGACCCAGGGUGAUAUCGGCUUUUGUUGAAAUUGUAUUUGACAAUUCAGAUAACAGAAUUCCGAUUGAGAAGGAUGAAAUUUUCCUAAGACGAGUCAUUGGAUCAAAGAAAGAUCAAUUUUUCCUUAACAAGAAGGUUGUGCCUCGCUCUGAAGUUUUGAACUUGUUGGAAAGUGCUGGUCUAUCCAAUUCAAAUCCAUAUUAUAUUGUGAAGCAAGGAAAGAUCAACCAAAUGGCAGUAGCCCCAGAUUCCCACAGACUGAAACUAUUGAGAGAAGUUGCCGGAACAAGAGUAUAUGAUGAGCGUAGAGAGGAAUCUGUCACUAUCCUGAAAGAAACUGUUGGCAAGGUGGAAAAAAUUAACGAUUUUCUGCAAACAAUAGAAGAGAGAUUGAAGACAUUAGAGGAAGAAAAAGAAGAAUUGAAGGAGUAUCAGAAAUGGGACAAAGCUCGGAGAGUUCUGGAGUUUAUUAUACAUGACACUGAGCAUAGGGAGAAUAAACGGAAACUUGAAGAUUUGCAAAAAAUGCGCUCAAACAGUGGCAAAGAACAACAACACUAUGCUGACAUGGUGCGUGAAGCUCAGGAACAUGUCAGAGAAUCUAACAGAAAACUUAAAGAAGCUCGCAAAGACGUGGCGGCUGCUCGCGAAGAGAAAGAUAUAUUGUCCACUGAACAACAGCAGUUACUUAGAGAAAAAACUAAAUUGGAACUUGGCAUUAAAGAUCUGACUGACGAUGUUGACGGAGAUAAUAAAUCUAAGGAAAGAGCUGAAGCAGAGCUCGAGCGUCUUCGCCAACAGAUAUCUGAGAAAGAGCGCGAAUUGGAAGAACUAAAACCUAAAUACGAGGAAAUGAAAGCUCGUGAGGAGGAAUGUACGCGGGCGUUAGCUCUCAAUCAGCAGAAGAGACAGGAGUUGUAUGCGAAGCAAGGCAGAGGGACGCAGUUCACUUCCAAACAGGAUAGGGAUCGGUGGAUUGAGAAGGAGCUCAAAUCGCUCAACAAGCAAAUAAAAGACAAAAAGGACCACGAGAUCAAACUACGUGACGAUCUACGCCGCGAUGCGACCAAACUGACUGAACUAGAGAAACGCAUAGAGGAAAUGACUAAAGAGAUGGAGAGACAACGCGUGGCGAUAGAUGAGCAUAAUAAACAGUAUUAUGAGUGUAAGAAGAGGAAGGACCAGGAACAGAGCACUAGGAAUGAACUGUGGCGUAAAGAAACAACAUUGACACAGAAUUUGUCGUCAUUGAAGGAAGAUUUGGCUAAGGCUGAUCAAGCUUUGCGAUCAAUGGCAGGCAAGCCAAUUCUCAACGGGCGUGACAGCGUACGAAAAGUUCUUGAAACUUUCCAAGAACGAGGCGGUGAAUGGGCGAAAAUAGCCACACAAUACUAUGGGCCUGUUAUUGAGAACUUCACUUGUGAUAAAACUAUUUAUACGGCUGUUGAGGUAACAGCAGGUAACAGGUUAUUCCAUCACAUAGUUGAGUCAGACACAGUCGGUACUAAGAUAUUGAAAGAGAUGAACAGACAAAAUCUUCCCGGAGAAGUCACUUUCAUGCCUCUGAACAGACUGCAAGUUAGGGAUAUGAUAUAUCCUAAUGAUAAUAACGCAAUAGCCAUGGUGCAAAAACUUAAAUACGAUCCGAAAUACGCAAAAGCCAUGAAAUACAUAUUUGGUAAAACCCUCAUAUGCAGAAAUUUGGAGUGCGCUACAGAAUUGGGGAAACAAUAUCAUUUGGAUUGUGUCACUUUAGAGGGAGAUCAAGUAUCAUCAAAAGGUUCGCUCACAGGUGGUUAUUUCAACCAAUCCCGUUCUCGAUUGGAAAUGCAGAAAACUCGUUCGGAACUGAUGGAACAAAUAACUACCUUGGAACAAGAACUCAGUACUUUGAGACAGGAGUUGAAUAAAACGGAGACAAGUAUAAAUAGUAUUGUGUCUGAGAUGCAGAGGACGGAGACUAAACAGGGGAAAGCUAAGGAUAUCUUCGACAAAGUGAAAGCUGACAUUCGUCUAAUGAAAGAAGAAUUAGGUUCCAUAGAACGUUUCCGCGGACCUAAAGAACGGUCUCUAGCUCAGUGCAGAUCUAGUUUGGAAGCUAUGCAAGCUACUAAAGAAGGCUUGGAGUCUGAAUUACACCAGGAACUAAUGGAGCAACUAUCGACAGCGGAUCAAGGUAAAGUGGACGAGUUGAACGACGCCAUUCGACGACUCACACAAGAGAACAAGGAAGCUUUCAGCCAGAGAAUGAAUUUAGAGGCCACUAAGAACAAACUUGAGAAUCUACUCACUAAUAAUUUGAUUCGACGUAAAGACGAACUGGUACAAGCGCUCCAAGAAAUAUCAGUAGAGGAUCGCAAACGUCGACUACAAAACAGUAAAUCGGAUCUGAACGCAGCGGAGAAACGGAUCAAGCAAAUUAACAAAGAGCUAGAGGAAGUUGAAAGGAAAGUACAAGCCGCUGUGAAAAAUGAAAAAGCACUGAAACUUGAGUUGGAUAAAUGGAGGAAUAAGGAAAAAGAAGCGCAAGACAAAAUGGAGGAAGACGCGAAGGGCCUAGAAAAGAUGGCGUCCAAGGAAGUGUUGUUGCAGGAAAAGAUACAAGAAUCGUUGGACAAAAUAGCCGCUCUUGGCACACUGUCUAAUGCGCCGGAAUUACACGCUAAAUAUGAGAAAAUGUCCCUUAAACAGCUCUUCAAAGAAUUGGAGAAAGCGAACCAGCAUUUGAAAAAGUACAACCAUGUCAACAAAAAGGCUUUGGACCAGUUCAUAAGCUUCUCUGAACAAAAGGAGAAAUUGUACAAGAGAAAGGAAGAACUUGAUGUUGGUGGUGAAAAGAUUCGCGAAUUGAUCGAAGCCCUGGAACACCGUAAGCUAGAGGCUAUCCAGUUCACAUUCAAGCAAGUGAGCAAGAAUUUCACGGAGGUGUUCAAGAAACUCGUGCCUCAGGGACGCGGGUCGCUUAUUAUGCGUGUGGCCGCUGAUGACCCUAAUGAUGUUGCACCAGACCGCGCGAACGCGGAGCAGUUCUCGGGCGUGGGCAUCCGCGUGUCGUUCACGGGCGGCGAGGGCGACAUGCGCGAGAUGAACCAGCUGUCCGGCGGGCAGAAGUCGCUCGUGGCGCUAGCGCUCAUCUUCGCCAUACAGAAGUGCGACCCCGCGCCCUUCUACCUGUUCGACGAGAUCGACCAGGCCCUCGACGCACAGCACCGUAAAGCAAUAGCCAACAUGAUCCACGAACUAUCGUCAAGUGCUCAAUUUAUCACUACCACCUUCAGACCGGAGUUACUAGAACACGCACACAAGUUCUACGGAGUUAAGUUCCGGAACAAAGUGUCGCACGUUGAGUGCGUGACACAGGAAGAGGCGAGGGACUUUGUGGAAGAUAGCGCUACACAUGCGUAGAUUUAUUGAAAUUAAAUGUAUUUUCUAUUAAA